CUAAUUCAUCAUACUCAUAUUCCUCUGUAAGAAUGUCAGCUAUGGAUUUGGACAACGACGUGUCAACAGUCUUAGCCACGAUCAGGCUGGAAACAGAAUCGUCAGACUUGAUGGCCAUUCUCUACCAAUUGGAAGACUACUACGAAAGAAAGUUGUGGCACCAAUUGACCCUUACUUUGGACGAUUUCUACUACACAAACAGACCGGAAGUGACCCCUGACUUGAAGUACAAAAUCUAUCAUUUGUUUAUCACCCAAUUCGCUUCCAAAUUGAAUCCAAUCAAAGUGGUCGACUUCUUGUUGGAAUCGUUUGACAACAGCCCCCAGAAUACUUUGGAUAGUUUGUUGCAAUUGAAGCAGCAAUUUAUUUCAAAUCUCAAGAAGGAACACAACAUCAAAAACGACGACGACGACGAAUUCAAGUCGUUGGUUGCACGUGACGAAUCGGUCAUAUAUGUCAACCUCCAGAUUUCUCGUCACUACUUAUUGUUGGACGACUUGCACAAUUCAGAAGAGAUAUUGAGCACAUUGAAUGCCAAGUUCGACUCGGCUGACAGCAUCUCCAACUUUGAGAACCCCAAGAUCAACGCUGCAUACUACUUGACCCAGUGUGAACUCUAUCGUAAAACUGAAAAAUACAACUUGUACUAUUUGAAUGCGUUGUUGUACUUGUCAUCUGUAGAAAACAACUUGCCCGAAGAAGACAAGGUCAAAUUGUGUUACGAGCUUGGAAUUGCAGCCUUGUUAGGCGACAAGAUCUACAACUUCGGUGAGUUGAUUUUGCACGACAUUCUCGAUGUCAUUAAAGACGAAUCUAGUCCUUACAACUGGCUCUACCACUUGAUCCAGAACUUGAAUUCCGGAAACUUGAAGGAAUUCAACAAGUGGUAUGCCAUUGCUCUUCAGAAAUCUCCAUUCUUGAACAAGUUCGAUUUGUUCUUAAAGCAGAAGAUCAUCAUCAUGUCGUUGUUGGAGCUCAUUUCUUUGAAGCCAACCACCGACAAGAACUUGAGUUUCCAGGAGAUCUCCGAGUUCACCGGCACACCUGUAAACGAUGUGGAACACUUGAUCAUCAAAUGCUUUUCGCUCGACUUGAUCAAGGGCUACAUCAACCAGAUCGACGAAGUGCUUGUCGUGACGUGGUUGCAGCCUAGAAUCUUAAACUUAGACCAGGUUCAGGUGUUACAUAAUCAUUUGCUCAGCUGGAACGGCCAACUAGACCAGUUGUCUAAGGACAUCUACAAGAAUGGCGGUACAAUCUGGGCAGGCAUAUAGGAGAUGGUAGAUUAGACUAAUGCAACUAAAAUGAAUACUAUGUAUAAAUGAUAUCUUU